AUGAAGCCUUCAACAUUCGCACUGUGCACAGUGCUGUGCUCUCGGGUGCUCGGUCACCCCUAUACCUCUGAAACCAUAUGGAUUCCAGCCACACCGACAUCCCUAGAGGAGUUAUGGGUAGUCCCAGAGCCGACUGAGGUAGCCCAUCUGUACGGCAAACGUGGAUAUGGCGAGAUCCUCCAAGCCAGAGAUACCACUGCAACAACCGACUCUACUACAUCCACAGACACCACAACCGAUACAACCGAUACAACCACAUCAGAGACACCUACUUCAACAACGACAUCUACGACCGCAACCUCCACAUCGGAAACAUCUACCACUACCUCCUCGACAUCCACAACUUCCACAUCUACAACAUCCACGUCUACAGCCUCCACAUCGACAACAUCUACAUCUACCAGCUCAACUACUAGCUCAAAUACCACCAGCUCCUCAACGACAACCACUAGCGCCUCGACAACGACAAGUACGUCAUCUGCAACUGCAACGAGCAGUUCCACCGCGGAGCUGGAUGAAUGGAACCGCAGGGGUAACAUAGCAGCAAUUGUAUUUGGCUGUUGUAUGAUCUCUCUAUUUGGAGGCCUUAGCCUGCUUUAUUGCUUACGCAAUAAAGCAAAGGCCAAACGAAUUGCGGCUAGAAAAGAACUGGAGGCCAGUCCGUCGUACUCGAAGCUACCCCUUGUGGCCGCGAAACACAAUUCCGCCACUGAUUUUGAGCUUAACCGCUCCUCCAUGAUGUUCAACAACAAGCCGGAGACGGAAUACUUCCCAGCGCAAGGUGCCCCAUCAGUUCCAGAGUAUCAAAGUCACAGUCACACUACCUCCACAACAUCUCAGACUACAGCGGGUCAAUCAUCUACUAGGGAACACAUGCCGCGAGCAUACAGCAAUGAUCAGCACACACCUUUGGGAUCUUACGAAAAGAUGAAUGCACCAGGUUCGUUUGCUCGGGGUUUCAUUCCUGGAAAGUUGCUCGUUUUUUUCUCCCAUCUUCUACCCGCUAGAGCGAAGAUCAGAUACAAGAGUGGAGGCCAAAAAUUGCAAAGGUGA